AUGUCUAACGAAGUACAGAUCCACAAGCUGAAGCGGCCGGAGGCUCAGGAUGCCGCAAGUGACGCAAACGAGAACGCAAAGCUUAACAAAAUCUCUUCACAGAUUACUCAAGACAAGGCUCGCGGUGGCGCACAAGCAAUGCUGUAUGCCACAGGGCUGACCGAGGAAGAUAUGGGGAAAGCACAGAUUGGUAUCGCGAGUCUUUGGUGGGAAGGCAAUCCUUGCAAUAUGCAUCUCCUCGACCUCGCCAAAAAGGUCAAGGAGGGGUGUGAGGCGGAGGGAAUGCUCGGGAUGACAUUCAAUACCAUUGGCGUGAGUGAUGGGAUGACGAUGGGAACUGAGGGUAUGCGCUACAGUCUUCCCAGCAGAGAUCUCAUUGCAGACUCGAUCGAGACGGUGGUGAUGGCUCAACAUUAUGAUGGGUACGCCAUCACGUUGUGGGAUCUGAAAAGGCUCAAUAUUGCACCAGUCUGCAUCCCCAGUUGUGACAAGAAUAUGCCGGGAUGCGCUAUCGCCGCUGCACGACAUAAUCGACCUACUAUUAUGAUAUACGGCGGAACCAUCGCAGCAGGGAGACGUCAAUUGGAUUGCCCUGCAAUGGGUUUCAAAAAGGGAGACAUUGCGAACAUCGCGGAUGCAUACGAGGUUUGGGGAGCCUAUACUACCGGCAAGAUUUCCGACGAGGAGCGUUUCGACGUCGUCCGCCAUGCAUGCCCAGGAGCAGGGGCAUGUGGUGGGAUGUACACGGCGAACACCAUGAGCUCCUGUCUUGAAGUUCUGGGGCUCUCCCUGCCGUAUUCUUCCAGCAUCGGGGCAACUCAUCCAGAGAAACUACAGGAGUGCUAUCGAGCGGCUCAGUAUAUGAAGACCUUGCUCAAAAAGGAUAUCAAACCUCGAGACAUCAUGACAAGAAAGUCGUUUGAGAAUGCUAUCACACUGGUAAACGUGCUCGGUGCAUCUACCAAUGCUGUAUUGCAUCUGCUUGCAAUGGCCCGUGCAGCGGAUAUCCCUCUUACCGUCGACGACUUUCAACCAAUCGCAGACCGCACACCGUACUUGGCCGAUUUGCGGCCUUCGGGCAAAUACAUGAUGGAGGACCUCAACAGAGUCGGUGGUGUUCCUGCCGUGCUAAAGUACCUCCUCAAGAAUACUAAUUUGGUCCAUGGUGAUACCCUGACGGUGACAGGUCGUACUCUUGCGGAGAACCUGGAGGAUGUCCCCGAACUCGACUUUUCGAAUCAGGACGUGGUCAGACCUUUGGAUAACCCCAUUAAAUCGACCGGUCAUAUCUGCAUCCUUCGUGGCAGUCUCGCACCAGACUCUGCUGUGGCAAAGCUCACGGGCAAAGAGGGUAUCAAGUUUGAAGGUGUGGCCAAGUGCUUCGACACCGAAGCAGAGUUCUACCCAGCCUUGAAGAAUGGAGAGAUAACGGCUGGUACCGUCGUAAUAUUCCGUUAUCAGGGACCCAAAGGGGCCCCAGGAAUGCCAGAAAUGCUCGGUCCAACUGGAGCAAUCAUGGGUGCCGGACUGGGUGAUAAGACAUGUCUGAUCACUGACGGGCGUUUCUCUGGAGCUUCUCGCGGCUUCAUUAUAGGCAAGUGUUGGGCCAAAUCGAAUUUGCUUUACUUACUCCAAUCAGGACAUGUAACUCCUGAAGCACAUGUUGGAGGACCAAUCGCUCUCGUUGAAGACGGGGAUAGGAUUGUUGUGGACGCUACGACGCGGAAAAUUGAGUGGCUCGUGGAUCCAGCGACCCAAGAAGCUCGCAAGACAAAGUGGGCUCAGAAAGGAGAGAGACCUUACAAUGUAAAGAGGGGAAUCCUCCUUCGUUAUGCACGUGAUGUAGCGCCGGCCAGUGUGGGAGCAUAUUGCGACUAG